UUUCAAUUUUUUAAAAUUUCUUUCAUCAUUUGGACAUUCAUAUCUCUCCAAUAUAUAUUUUUUGCCUAUAAUUUAACACCAUUUUUACAAAUAUUAAUACUGCCAACAACAACAAAACAACUAGACAUUUAAACUAAAUCAGCUCAAAAAUCAACAAAAAUUAAAAAAAAUGCCAUUAUCUUCAGAAUUAAAAUAUUUUCUACAUUUAAUAGCCUUUAUUUGUUGGAUAAGUCUUGUGGAAAUAUUUUAUGGUGUGUUGUCUUUUGAUUUUUUCAGAAAAUCAGGCAACGAUUUUGAAGAUUUUGUUGAAGACUUUAAUCCUAUUGAAAGAUAUGGCACUAUUGUGACUAUUUUGCUUUAUUUAAUUCGAUUAGUGUCUUUACUGGUUCUUCCUCAAUGUAUUUGCAAUUCACUUGGACUUGUUCUCUUCAAUGGUUUUAAAGACAAAAUAAAGCUCAAAUCAACGCCUUUAUUUGCUCCUUUUAUUUGUUUUAGAGUUGUUACUAAAGGAAAUUUUCCUGAAUUAGUUAAGAUGAAUCUCGAAAAAAAUCUUUUAACGUGUCAUGAAGCUGGACUUGAAAGUUUUAUUUUUGAAGUAGUAACAGACAAAUCAGUCAAUUUGCCUCAUUGUAAUCGAGUUCGUGAAGUUGUUGUUCCCUUGGAUUAUAGGACAAAAACCGGAGCAAAAUUCAAAUCUCGAGCAUUACAAUAUUGCUUGGAAGACAAAGUUAAUAUUUUUGGUGACGAUGAUUGGAUUGUUCAUUUGGAUGAAGAAACACUCCUUUCUGUUAAUUCGGUGAACGGAAUUUUAAAUUUUUGUGAAGAUGGAAAACACCAUUUUGGCCAAGGUGUAAUAACUUAUGCUCAAGGCGAAAUUGUAAAUUGGCUGACUACUUUAUCUGACUCUUUCAGGGUAGCUGACGAUAUGGGUAAAUUGCGUUUUCAAUUUAAAGUGUUUCACAAACCUUUAUUUGGUUGGAAAGGAUCUUUUGUUGUUACAAAUGCUGGAGCCGAAAAGAAAGUUUCUUUUGACCAUGGACCUGAAGGUUCUAUAGCGGAAGAUUGUUUUUUCUCGAUGGUUGCAUUUAGAGAUGGUUAUUCUUUUGACUUUAUUGAAGGGGAAAUGCAUGAAAAGAGACGACGAUGGCUGCAAGGAAUAUUUUUAACUGUUCAUUCAAAAUAUAUUCCUUUUCGAUGUAAAUUUUUGUUGGCAAGUUCACUUUAUGCUUGGGUUACUUUACCUUUAACAACUUUACAGAUUUUUUUAAAUCCUCUUUUGCCUCUUCCAAAAGCUUUUGUACUUGAUUUUCUUGUUGCUUUUGUUGGCGCUGUAAAUUUGUACAUGUACAUUUUUGGUGUUAUCAAAUCAUUUUCACAUAAAUAUAGAAACAAUUCUUGGAGAUUGCUCAUCUAUACACUAGCUGCACUUGUAGCUAUUCCAUUUAAUAUUUGGAUAGAAAAUAUGGCUGUUUUAAUGGGUAUAUGUUCUAACAAAUUUGAAUUUUACGUUGUAAACAAAGACACAAGAUUAAUUAAUAGCCAAAUUGUUUGAUGAUUGAUGACACAACCAACAGCUUAUCAGCUUAUAUUUUUUCAAUUUUUCAAAGCAUUUCUGUCUACGCAAGUAUUUUUUAAAUUUUUUAUAUAUCGUAAAUGUUCUAAUAAAAGCCCUGGUGGUUUAUUUUUCAAUGAGUCUGAUUGAGGGUUUUCUAGUUGGGCAUGGGCUUUUAUUGGAGAUGCGCUUCUCUUAGAAGAGGCGGGCUUUCUAUCGAAGAUGGGGCUUCUACUAAAACAUUUACGGUGCUUUUUUGACCU